AUGGAGGAGGAAUCGUUUACCUACGUCCUCUCCCCGGCCACCACCACCCAGGAAUGCGUCCACCGCGUGGCGGAGGAAAAACUGCCUUCACUGGCGGAAUCCAUGGAAUUCGCAGCGAAAACGGGCGGAACGCUGUUCAUUGACUGCGAGGGACUCAUCGACGAUGUAUUGCUAAGCUUCUGUCGGGUCUCGGAAGGCGUGAACGGAGGCAGGGCGCACGCACCGCCGGGCGGUGGUUUUUUACCUGCAACCACCGCCCCGCACUGCGCGAAGUCAGGGUCUUCGGCGCCGGCGCCCUUUCAGGCAGGCGCGUGGCUAUAUGUGUGGGAACAGUUUCAACGCGAUAUCGCUCGAGAAACACUGAUAAUUGACGGAACCCCUUGCAGUGACGCUUACGCCGCGUUGGAGCGCAUAAAACGGUUGCUGAGCGACGCGUAUGAUGCAAUGCCCGCGCGUUUUAUCUCUGCGCAAACGUGGGGGUCCGCGGAAGAGCAUGGGGAUGGGGGGUUGAGGUCGCAGGUCUCCCAUGCCGUUCGGGGGCUCCUGGGCGAUGCGCAGCGAUUUUGCAAAAAGGUGUGGAAGAAGGGAAAAUUGGAUGAAGCCGUUCGAACUGCCAUUCUCGUAGCGCAGCAGGCCGUGAUGGCGUUUCCGGUGGAGCUUUUGCAUGCGCAAUUUGGCGGAACCUCGCAAGCAGGCGCCGCUGGAGGAGAUGACGCGGGAUCGGAGGUGAUUUAUAUUGGGGAGCCGUAUUUGAACAGUCCGCAAGGCGAUGGAGGGACGGCCCCUUCGACCGGCGGUGAAAGUCGAAGAAUGGUUGUGCGGGUGGAGCGUCGAAACCAAGGACGCGGCCCAGCGUUUGUGCGCGUUGAAAAGUUUAUGCAUGUCUUUGCUGUGGAUGGGUCCGCGAACGUGUCGACAAAGUUGCAGCUUUGGAUCGUUAUUGAACUCGGUUUUUUCACCAACGACAAGGUCGAGUUGAAGUGGGAGUGGCUACGGGCCCCCGGCCCUUCGCCUGCGCCCAACACCCCAGCGCCGGAAACGGCCGAAAAAGAGGAGUUGUAA